AUGGUGGUGCGUCGCGUGGAUCCGAACUUCUGCCCCGCGCGCCUCCCACCUCCCGCCCUGCGCGCCACCCGCGACCUCACGCCCCGCCCAGCGCCGCCCACCUCCCGCACCGCGCCGCCCACCUCCCGCGCCGCACCGCCGCCUCACCUCCCCGCCCCGCCCGCCGCCCAUCUCCCCGCGCCGCUCGCGCCGCCCACCUCCCACACCAGCGCCGCCCACCUCCCGCGCCGCACCGCGCCGCCACCUCCCGCCCCGCCGCGCGCCACCUCCCGCGCCGCCGCGCUGCCCACCUCCGCACCGCGCCGCCCACCUCUCGCGCCGCACCGCGCCGCCACCUCCCGCUCGCGCCGCCCACCUCCGCCCCGCAGCGCCUCCCAUCUCCCGCCCCGCGCGCCGCCGUGA